AUGCCACACGAAGACGAAAUUUUAUUUGCCAUGAAUACGAUUUUCCGUCUCAAAUACGUCGAGAACUGUGGUAGCAUUUCGAUAAUUCAUCUUACUUUAAGCAACAACAAUGAACAAAAUUUAACAGAUUUGGUUAGUCAUUUUAAAAAAGAAAUUGAUGAAGAUCAAAUACCACCAGUACUCAUGCUGGGUGAGUUUCUUUGGAAAAUGGGCGAUUAUGGCCGUGCUGAUCGAUACUAUCGAAUGAUGUUAAAAGAAUUAUCGUCUGAUCGUAAACUCAUCGGCAAAGUUUGCAACAAUAUAGGAUUGAUUGCCCUAGAAAAAGGUGACUUUCGUGUGGCAAUGAGAUAUUUUCAGAAAGCUUUACGUUUUCAACAGUCAACAGAAACACUCGAUCUAGCUGAAACUUAUUCGAAUAUUGCAUUAUUGCAUGACAUGAGAGAAGAAUUAGAACAAGCAAUACAUUAUAAUAAAAAAUCACUCGAAAUUCGCCUUCGUCUCUUGCCUGACAAUGAUAAGUACAUCGGACUGUCAUACAACAAUCUUGGAUUAACCUAUUUUCAUUGUCAUGAUUUUCCCCAAGCUCUUAGGUACUAUGAGAAAGCUCGUUCGAUACAGAGCGUUUCUUUGGGCUCUUCCGAUCAUUUUGAUCAUGCUACGACGUUAAAUAAUAUCGGACUUGUACAUUUCGAGCAGGGCCAGUAUGAACAUGCUCUUACGUUCUACAAAGAGGCUCUAGCUAUUAGUGAACGUUCAUUACCAGCACGAUACCCGCAAUUUGCUGAUAUAUACAAUAAUUUUGGCUCAACGCUAGAAAAAUUAGGUGAACUCGAUGAUGCAUUGGUUAUGUUUCAGAAAGCACUUGACGUUAGGCUUGCCGCUCUACUAGUCAACCAUCCGAAUAUUGCCGAGUCGUAUAACAAUCUUGCUAAUGUUCUAGAGGCAUUGGGCAGACCUGAUGAAGCAUGCGCACACUUUUUUAGAGCUUUGAAAUAUAGCGAUGGCACAUCUCCCGCAGCACAGCGCGCAAGAGCAAUGUACUUAAAUAAUAUUGGUGAAUAUUUCUCCAAACAAGAAAACUUUAUUCAAGCAACCAAAUAUCAUCAAGAAGCUCUACGAAUACGUCUACGACUCUUCUCUCGCAAAAAGGAUCCCGAUCUAGCGAUGAGUUAUAACAAUAUAGGCUUGCUCUUUUAUUACCAGUACCAGUUCGACAAAGCUCUGCACUAUCAUUUUCGAGCGUUGACAAUUCGCCGCGAAGUCCACGCACUAAACCAUCCCAAAAUAGCCAUAUCAUUGUUUAAUAUCGCUCUUGUCUACUCCGAGUUAGGCCAAUGUGAAAUUGCGCUCGAUUAUUUACGGCAAGCACUUGACAUCCGAAAACAAGCAUCGCCAUCUGAUCAUCAACAAAUCGAGAUAACUCAAGACGAAAUAAACUUUGUCACCCAAAAACUAAACGACAUGAAGAAUAGAGGAUCGACCAUACACAAGUCUUAG